AUGGCCAACCCUCCCCACGGUGGUAUCCUCAAGGACCUCAUUGCUCGUGAUGCUCCUCGUCGCCAGCAACUCAUUGACGAGGCCGAGAAGCUGCCUGCCAUUGUCCUCAAUGAGCGUCAGCUUUGUGAUCUCGAGCUCAUCCUCAACGGAGGCUUCUCCCCUCUUGAGGAGUGCAGCGUCGUCGACAACAACCGUCUCGUUGACGGCAACCUGUUCUCCAUGCCCAUCUGCCUUGAUGUCUUCCAGGAGACAAUUGACGAGGUCAAGGCGAAGGCUGGUGCCCGCAUCACCCUCCGUGAUUUCAGAGACGACCGUAACUUGGCCAUCAUCACCGUCGACGACAUCUACCGCCCCGACAAGAAGAAGGAGGCUGUCGAGGUCUUUGGUGCCGACGACGAGGCUCACCCCGCUGUCAAGUACCUGUACAGAACUGCCGGUGACUUCUACAUUGGUGGCAAGAUUGAUGCCAUUGACCGUCUUAUGCACUACGACUAUGUCGCUCUUAGAUNNGUAAGAAGCCGCAGAAACUCGAUUCUCAACGACAGAAAAUUGACCAGAAAAACAGACUCUCCCGCAGAGAUCCGUCUGCACUUCGACAAGCUUGGCUGGUCCAGAGUUGUCGCUUUCCAGACCAGAAACCCCAUGCACCGCGCUCACCGUGAGCUGACUGUCCGCGCUGCUCGUUCUCGCCAGGCCAACGUCCUCAUCCACCCCGUCGUUGGUCUCACCAAGCCCGGUGACAUUGACCACUUCACCCGUGUCCGUGUCUACCAGGCCCUCCUCNCCCGUUACCCCAACGGCAUGGCUGUCCUCGCCCUUCUUCCUCUGGCUAUGCGUAUGGCCGGUCCCCGUGAGGCAUUGUGGCACGCCAUCAUCCGCAAGAACCACGGUGCUACCCACUUCAUUGUCGGUCGUGACCACGCCGGACCUGGCAAGAACAGCCAGGGCCAGGACUUCUACGGACCUUACGAUGCCCAGGACCUUGUCGAGAAGUACAGAGACGAGCUCGGCAUCGAGGUUGUUCCUUUCCUCCAAAUGACCUACCUCCCCGACUCGGAUGAGUACCGCCCUAGAGACCAGGUCCCCAAGGACGUCAGAACUCUCGACAUUUCGGGUACCGAGCUCCGCCGCCGUCUGCGCACUGGCGGUGACAUUCCCGAGUGGUUCUCAUACCCCGAGGUUGUCCGCGUGCUUCGCGAGUCGCACCCUGCCCGUAACAAGCAGGGUUUCACCGUCUUCUUGACUGGUUACGCCAACAGCGGCAAGGACGCUAUUGCCCGUGCCUUGAACGUUACCUUCAACCAGCAGGGUGGCCGCACCGUGUCGCUUCUUCUCGGAGAGACUGUCCGCUCAGAGCUUAGCUCAGAGCUUGGCUUCAACAAGGAGGACCGCAACACCAACGUUGGCCGCAUUGGCUUCGUUGCCAGUGAGUUGACCAAGGCUGGCGCCGCCGUCAUCGCCGCCCCCAUCGCACCCUUCCAGUCAAGCAGAAAGCACGCCCGCGAGCUUGUCGAAAAGUACGGAUCCUUCUACCUUGUUCACGUUGCCACACCACUGGAGGAGUGUGAGAAGACUGAUCGCAGAGGUAUCUACGCUGCCGCUCGUCGUGGUGAGAUUAAGAACUUCACCGGUGUUGACGACCCGUACGAGACCCCUGCCGAGGGUGAGGCCAACCUUACCGUUGACCUGACCAAGAUUAGCGUGCGCACAGCUGUCCACCAGAUUGUGUUGCUGCUCGAGGCUGAAGGUCUUUUGGACCAGCUCUAA